AGAGGAUUGUUGCACGGAUCUCAUUGACAGUCACUCGUUCCCGAGAGAGAGAGAGAGAGCGAGCUUUGACGGAAGAAAGCAGUCGUUCGAGUCUGUCGACCUUUGGAGGAUUGACUGUGAGUGCGGGGAGGAAUCGACCCAACAGAUCGAUUGGGGGGUCGAAGGCGCAAACCCGACCCUGAAGCCGAGUACUUUGGGGUACUUUGGAGCAAGCGUGGCAGGAUCGCACGACACAACAGUCCUUGUCGUUUGAGAUUUAUUCGUUCACUAGCCAGACCAUGUCUGCCAACGGUACUUCGUCUCGAGAUAGCGAGACAGAGAUUGCUUCUCGAACGAGCAACCCGAAUAGUCGAACGCCCCCUUCGGCGUACCCGCCGGUGACAAACAUGUCGACAACGGCGUUGGAACACAAACUCAAAACCCUGCGUGAGCAGUCCAACCAACAUUCCCAAUUAUUGACACAAAAACUCGCGAGUUCACAGUCGGGACAGGAUUUGCUCCACAUUGGCACGAGUCUCAGUACCUUACCGCCAGAUUUGCAUUCGCUCUUGACGUCCCUGCACCCCGUGCUCAGCGCCACGGAACAACUCGAAAAGGCGACGCUUGCGAAUCUCGAAAAGCUAGUCGUGCAGGUGAACCAAAUACGAUUGGAAACUCGUCGUUCCCAACACGCACAGUCGCUGGCCGACUUGUACGCCGACCUCGUCGCCGCCGAACGUAUCGUCGCGACUCAUUCAAGACGCUCCAAAGCAGCCUCGUACGGACCCACGAAUACGAAUUCUGAAGAAGAUAUGGACAGCGAGGACGAAGUCAGCCAAGCGGCGGCUUUGGAACGCGCCGCACACGUUACACUCUGUUUAGUCGAAGAGUUGCAUUCCGCAACGGAUACCGUUUCGUCCAUGACCCAGAAAACCAAAGAACACACCGAUCCGGCAAAACAGGCUUUGCCGAGCUUACGAACACCCUUGCCACCGAAUCAGGAAGGCGCCUCGUUUUUGUUACAGCUGGCCCCGCGCAUUCGUCGGGUGGAAUCCGAAACCGUCACUUGUUUGUCGCACCAGAUGGAAAGUGUGUUACAGACGUUACAGGAACAGCAAUCCAACCACACCUACGAAAAGGGCGAUCACGAUCAGGAGGAUCGCUCGCAGGAUACGAUUUUGCUCAGGCUUGGACACUGCAUGCGAGGACUCGCUCUAUUGUCCCGCGGCAAGGAGGUGGAGAGUAUCUUUGCCCGCGUCGCGAUAAUGCCACUUAUUCGUUCCCGUGUUUCCAUGGGACGUCUCGACGAUGGUGGCGCCCGGGGGGAAUGUGCCGGUUUGCAAAGUCUCUUGGACGAAAUGAUUGCGAGUAUUGCCCGUGUUUACGGCCCCGUCUUGAACAUGGCCGAAUCCAUGUUUCGAGUAGAAGACACGCAAUGGAUGGAUGUGGACUUGCUUACCUGUGGUGUUUGGAUUCCGAUUGCGACGGCACUCAUGGCGGACGCCGGUAUUAAGAUGGCCAUCUUUUCUCCCGGUAUUGCCAGUAUCUUGCAAGCUAAUUACGUGACUUUGGAUCGUUUUCUGGCGACGUUGUCGAAGCGGCUGUUGACCGAAAUAUCCGCCACUUCAACAAAGGAGACUGAUCUUAGGUACCAGCCAUGCCUCACCCCGCAGCGAAUAGAGCAGGCACAGAAUCGAAUAUAUGCACACGCCAAGACGGCCGAGUUUUCGAAAAAAUGGAAUCUACCUAUCUACUACCAAUUGCGAUUCGGGGAAUGUUGUUCCCGUCUCAAUAAGGCCAUUGAUCAGACCCGACGAGAAGGCUGGAUUACCGACGUUUACACUGGAACCCCUGAGACUCUACUGAGAUUGCGAAACGAAUCCGGGUUUGAGCUGUCACUGUUCUUGGAGCUAGCGGAUGUACUUCUUUUCCUAUGGCGACCCAACGUUAUUUUGCAGCCUUUGACGAAUCGGUUUCUCCGAGGUGCCGUCCAGCUGAUUGGACGAACGGUUUCGUUCAUUGGUGAUAGUAUGGACGGGCAAAUCAAGUUUGGCGAGGAACUUGUGGAGGCUGAGCCGUCGUCCGCAAACGGAGAAGCGAAUGGCGGUACACCACCAAUGACUCAUCCGACUCGACGCCCGUACUGCUGGGGCGAAAGCGAACAGGAUGUUGCCGCUGUUGCGUGGGAACUGACCAUUUUAGAAUCCAUGAUUCAGCACGACUACGUGGACACCAUUUGCGGCGCCACGACUGGUGGAGAAGCCGUUUUGACGGACACGGAGGAAGGUUCUCAACUGGUUUCCGAAGUCUUGAACGAGGCGUCAGGCCAAAUCAAAACGCUUGUAGACAAAGCUUGGAACGAAUCCAUUGUGAGUAUUUUAACAACCAAAUGUUGCGGACCGCUGGCUGCCGUAAAAGGAGUGGCUGCUACGUAUCGAAUGACGAAUCGUCCACCCCCAACGCAGGCCUCUCCCUUUGUAUCGACAAUUCUAAGGCCUCUAAACGAAUUUAACAUUGAAUUUUUGAACCGCACGCCCGACAAGAUUGGUUUACGAUGGAAACAGCGCAUUGUUGUUUCUGUCUCUGAUCGGUACGCUGCGGCCGUGGAAGAGCUAAUCGCCACGGUGCAAAGGACGGAAGUCGCGCUGCAAAAUCGAGGAACAAGGCGUCGCGCGGCAGGCGGUAUGAGCGACGGGGAGAAGGUGAAACUUCAGCUUUUGCUCGAUUACCAAACCUACUGUUUGAGUGCAAAGGAUGUCGGGGUCGAACCGGACACCGUCAUCGGCAUAUCCAAGCUACGAGAUUUAACUUUGGAAGGCGAGAAACUGUUCCAUCAAAGUCAAAACGGAUCAUAGUUUACUGAAAUAGUGUUAUUUAGCUUAAGCGAAUACCAAUCUC